AUGGAGAUGGAAGUGGAGGGUCGCCGGCCGGGGCCCGCGGCUGGUUCUCCUGCUUCCGUCGCUCUUCCCGGUCCGCUGCCAGGCGGCGCAGAAGGCCUCUCCGCCUCAGCGGGGGUCUGGGCACCCCCGCCGGCCGGAGGCGCAGACUCUGCCGUGCGGGCUGUCCCGUCACUCCCUACGGCCGUGGCGCUGCUUUCCCUCUCGGCGACCCUUCCGCCGUGGCGGCAGCAGCUUCUGUUGGAAGCCACGGCAGUCGACAAGACGCAGAAGACCUUCCGAGCGAGCGGCGGGGAGACAGCGAAGCGCUCCCAGGACGACACGAGGAACGCAGGGUCUCGCGGGACCGCCGCGUCUCGGAAGAGAGACGCCACGCCGCCCGAGGACCCCGCGGGGGGCGCUUCUCGUUCGAAGGUGCGAGGCGAGGCCCCGGAGGAGGCGCUCCCGGACGCUUCGGCAGAGACACGGACGAGAACCGACAGGGAAGAUCAGCAGGAUACCCUGGAAGCGGGGAACCCUAUUGCGGCAGCGCAUCCGGCCACCGACUGGACGCCGGAUGGCGGGGACAGUCGGCUGAACGGCGAAUCCGAAGCAGGGGAGAAAGAAGAGCCGAGUGGAGUGACGAGGAAGGACGCAGUCGUGGAGAUGGACGCAUUCCGUGGUACGCCAGGAGCGCGAACGCUUGACCACCCUUCGCUGCAUCCGCCACAGUUCAGCUCGCAUUUCCCCGUUCUUCGGGAGGCGGCAAAGGAGGCUCUUCGGAGAGUCUACCGGCGUUUCGCUCUGUGCAUUGAAGACGCAAGGGAAUCUAAGCGUCACAUAAAGGGUAGGAGCAAUUCAGCAGAUGUAGAAACGGCCGCGUUACAGAACGCGAGGAAGGCAGCGAGCGAGAGCGAGGUGGGCACGGACCCCGGGAGUCUGUCCGAUGAUUCGAAGAAGCAGGACGCCAUGACGGAGGCCUCUGAGAACGGCCACCAAGGAUACGAUCAGGAGAAAGAUCGCAGCUCUCCAUCCCACGGUGGUGACAGAUCCGGACUGGAAGAACAAAACGGGCGGAAUGACGUGAGUGACCAGUCAGCCGAUCCAGUCUACCAGUUAAGGGAGGCGUCGAAUGUCUCAUGCGUCGACGCGGAGGCCGAGAAGUCGGUAGAUGGGGGAGAUCAGAAGAAGGCUUCUGGUGAGUGGGAGGAAACGAAAGACAGGCCGAUGGCUGCAACAGAGACGUGCCCAGAAGCGACGCAAGAAGAAGCUCUUCAUGGAUCCACGAAGGCGAUGGCAGCCCCACAAGACAGAAUCGACCUCGCGCGUCCCCACGUGGCUCUGCUGCUUACGUCUCUUCCCAACAUCAGGCUGGCGCCUCUCCAUCGCAUGAUCACAGCCCACUACAAGGUUCACGAUGCAGCGCCCAUGGUGCUUUUUCUUGCGGCGUGUCCCUCCACGGGCCGGUGCCGCGGUUACGGCGUCAUUCUCGUUCAGUCCUUUGAAGUUGUCGAGAAACUCUUGCAUGCCCCUGUCUUCAUUUGGCGCGCCGCCGGAGGAGACGGUCGACCCGGCGGGUGUCGCAUUCCUCGUCCCCGUUCUUCUGCGCAUUUCUGGACUCGCUCAAUGGCGUGUCCCAAGUGCUUGGCCUCAGUCGCGUCUCCCUCGGUCAAGGGCCCCAGGUCUUUGCCGUCUACGGGAGGAGACCGUUUUUCUCCAGUCGCCGCUGGAGAGGGUGGGCGGAGAUGCGACGGCUCUGGUCGAUCGUCUGUCUCGAGCCCAGACAGCCACGCAGGCAGAUGCGUCGGUCGCGGUCCCGUCGCAGAGUCGCCCGCACGAGACGCGUCGGGAGUCUCCGGCCGCGGAGACCGGCGCUGGCCAGGCAGAGACAGUCGCCGAGGAGGUUUCACUCGUCUCGCUGCGGCGGGUCGCGAGAGAAGGCGCAUGCCUGGAGUGGGUGGGUCAGGCAGGGGAGAGGAGUUCGAGAGGAGAAAGCAGCCUCUUUGUGACAGGGCGGCGAAGCUCCAUCUGCUCGUCUCGCCAACGCUGCAGUUCCAGUGCAACGCGCGGGUCUCUCAACUGGUCACGCAGUCGACUUGGUCGCGCACGUUCUCCUCGUCGGUCUGGACGCAGCUGUUCAAAUGCAUCCUUUUCCCUUCUCUCCGGUAUUCUCCAGCGACUGCGGCGGCCGCCGAAGGGGACCCGAGCAGCACGAAACGGCUGUACGAAAUGUCUCAGGCAACUGAAGGCUCCGCGAGGAACCAAAAAGAUGUAGACCAGUUGGAGGCGCGCCGAUUGAGCCUGGCCGACGUCGGGCAGCCGCCGACUGUCAGUCUGCAGAGUGAGAGUCUCGCGAGGCUCGGCGCGUCGGCUACAGCGGUCGCGGCCCUCCUUCAAACCAGUGUCUACACCACAUCUAAACGCCUUUACCUCAACCUUCCGCACGCCGCUUUGCGUGCACUCCUCCGGCAAGACGCUCGAGGUUCUUCAGAUGCUCUUUUUUCUCCCGGGAAGCGAACGGCGGCGCCUGCACUGCCGCGCGACAGCGACCAAGAGAGCGGCAUGCGCGAGAAAAAGAAUGGAGACAGGGGAGGCAGACCUACAGCUUUUUGCGAAUCUCACGAGGCAGGCGCGCCCCUCGGAGGGCCGAGGUGUGAAUCUGAGGGCCAGCACGCGCUAGCAAAGGACCCUUCUGCGGACGGUGAAGUGCAGGCGGGAACGAAGAGCGAAGCAGACACGGCAGACAGUGCGGAAACCGUGGACACUGGCAGAUCGGAGCCCGAGGGAGGACGAGGCGUGAAACGGUUAAGAGAGGAAGUCAGUUUUGCGUCGAAUGUGCUCGACAUGAUCCUCCGAGAUCGCCGGCCUGCCACGUUCACCAUGUCUGACGACGACGGCGCCCGUUACUCCAUUGAGCCUCUCUCCAACGGGACGGACAGCGGGUACCCGUGGCACGUAAAGCCCUCCGGACCCUCGGAGUCUUCAGAGGAACUUUCAGAGACAGUCAGCGAUGCGUUGGAUGCUCUCUUCCGAUCACUUGUUGAAGAGCAAAUCUAUCCGGUCGAGUACCUAGCUUUUGAGGGCGUUCACGUUGGCAACGCGUGGCUUGUGCCUCCUCCCCGGAGUCCUCUGUGUGAAACCGCGCCUCCGCCACACGGGCCGUCGGCCGACAAGGCCCACCAAGGCUCCAAACCUCUUCGCUGGGGCGAGAAGAUGGAAACAGUCGUCUUGCCCCAUGUGCUGCUCGUCCGCGGCCUCCCGAAUGCCGCGGUGGAGGGAGCGCAGCAGAGCCUCGAGAAGAUGCUGGCUGAACUUUGGGGGUCAUGGCUGCUCUCCCACGCAGGAGCAGCAGCCCCGGUGGUAGACGAAACCGGUUCCGCAUCCUGCUCGCUUCAGUUGGCUUCGUCCCUCGGCCGGACUGGUGGACGAGCGACGGACGUUCUUGCGCAGGAGCUCUGGGGCUGGCAACUCUUCGACUUUUUGGAAACGCGGAUGCUGCGGGGCGACGGCUUUCUCCUUCUUCCUUCUUGCCUACCGGCAGCGACUGCCCUCAAGCUGCUCUCCGUCUGCUCUCUGCCGCAAACCGAGGAUGGGUCUUGCUCGACGCUUGCGUCUCGCUCUCCACAGACGGAGAGCUCCGGCGACGCUUCGGCCUCCGCGCCGCUUUCUCCUCUGUUGCUUCCGCUAAUCUUCAGGGUGCCGUCUCCCUCUGCUCCACAUGUUUUUUCGGUGCUUCCCUUUGAGGUGUCUUCGCAUCUGAAAUCGCGGGACCUCCCGUUUAUCGUUUCGCUCGUCAACAGUGUCUUGCGUCACCUCCUCCAUCGCUGUGUCGCCUCGACCGUUUGCUGCUGUUCGCUUCGCAACAAGGAAGUUUCGGAAGACGCCGAGGCGCCUGUGAAGCGGCGGUGUUGCUGCUGUUCCUCGUGCAGUUCGGGCGCGGCAGGCCCGACCGGACAGGAGGCAGAGAAAGCUUCGAGUGAGCCGCGUCUGCCUCCAGAGGCACUGCCAGCCGCCGAAGAAGGCGACGCGACGGAGGCAGGUGACCCCGCGAGCGAGGGAAAGAGCACUUCGGACCCCGCGGCUGCGAAAUCUUCCACUUGCGAGGCUCCAGAUGACUCGAUCACCAGUUCCAGCGUGCCGGCGACGAGCUGCGCGUGUUGCUGUUGCGUCGAGGAGAUUCGAGACCCAGGCAGCGAGGGGCCGACCGGGUCCACAGCACGGUCGGGGAGACACCGAAGACGUCGGCGGAUACCGUUGGGGACGGCGCAGGUGGCCCGGGGGUGGGUUGCAGGUCUGCCGCCUCUGCAAGUGCGUCCAGGACUCCCGUUUGCGAUGCCGUAUGCCCCUCUGAUAACAAGCGCACGGCGCGAGAAGAGGGGAGACAGAGAUGAAAAUCGAUACGACGAGGACCCGAUGUUUCCGCCCCCCGCUUGCGGAGCAGAGCACUUGAUCGAGAGUUUGUUCUUCUCUGUCGAAGCCUUUUUCCAGCAACCGUUUCUCCGGCCCUUCUUCAGUCUCCGCACGGUCGACGAGUGCAGAGAAAUGGCCAGUGCCGCGAACGCAGACGAGCCAUGGGCAUGCGAAGACGCCGGGGACUCUGGAGAAGACGGCUCCUCCAUGACGGGCGAUGAAGAAGAAGGCGAGAUGGAAGACGAAGAGGAGAACAACGACGUCUGGUACUUGCAGAAACGCGAAAAUCGAUGGCGUCGCGUAAGUGCGGACACACUGUGUCGCCUUGCGAACCACGAAGACCGACGCGAAACGAGCAUCUGGAAACGCCGUGAGCUUCCCAGAAGUGGACUUGGGCGGUUAUCUGGCGACACUGGAUCUGACGCCUCGCCGCCGUCGCCGACCCUUCCAGGCAGCCCGAACGAGCUGGCAUGUGCGUCGCCUGGCGACGUGGACAACCUCCGUAACCGUGGACGCAGCGGAAGCGGAGGGGCUGCCAUGGACACAGCUGGGGAAAGAGAUGCGAACGUCAUGGCACAAGAGCCAGAACCAGCCGUGCAGCCGAAGGGACCUGCGCCGGACUGUUGCGGCGGAGGUGGCCGGACGGGCACGCCGAAUGAAGAGAGCAGCGGGGAAGUAAAGGCCGCGACAGACAAGUCGACGGAAGAACGGGAGGGAGAGACACGACUAAGCGUUUGCGCGGAAGAUGAUAAAAGGAGCGAACGUAUGUCAUUGGAUUCUGGACGUUCCGGUGGCCUGUCUUCGCCCUCGAGUCCUGUCAGACGGGACGACAUGCGCGACCCGAGAGAGACAGGAGACGCGAGAGAAAAGGUGCACAAGAAGAGGUGGCUCGUUCGUCUCGACACCCGACCCACGUUAGAACAUGCGCACUCUGUCCGUGUGUCUCCUGAAACGCUCGCUUCCCUCGAGGCAGAAGGCAGGUUCAGCGUUUCUUCCAAAGACACCAGGAACCGGCCUCGCACGCCGACACGCGUGGCCAGAGAAGCCGGCAGUUCUCCUCAGGGAAGCGUUGCCGCUGUUAAAACGGAAGAAACUGCCCAGGAAGCGAGACAGUUCCCCCAUGAGGCGGAGGUCGAGGGGACAGACGAGAACAAGGACAGUGCGCUAGUCUGCUCCACCUCUCCCCGGCCACCUGAAGCAGUCAAAGAGGAGGCAAUGCAGCACGAAGACCGGGUGCUGACUACGUCCGAUCCGCAACUCUCAGUUCACCUUUCUUCUUGCCUCUUUGAACAGGGGGGGUAUGCGUCGACGAGGCCAGAGGGGGCAGCGAACCACGCGGCCGCAGACGGCGGUGUGCCGGGCAUGUGCGCAGCCGAGACGGAGCAGACCGCGGAACCUCGAAUCGAGAGUGGACAAGCAAGCUAG